GCCAGGCGCGGGCGUGCGCGCGAGGGUGUGUGCGCGGCCGAGGCGGAGCGCCCGGGCGAGCGGGCGGCGGCGGCGGCGUUAGGACUCUGGGGACACCGCCACCCGCCCCCCGCGUCCCGCCCCCGCCCAGCCUCCUGCCUCAGUUCGCGCCGCGCCUCGGCUCAGAGCGCAGCGGCGCCGGCUCUUCCGAAGCCCGAGCCGAGCCAGCUGGGGCGCCCAGCAGCGCGCACAGCCAGCCGCCGCGCGGGCGAUGCGGGGCCGCCCGGCGCCCGCCCCAGUCCCGGCCCCGGCCCCCGCGGGAAGGGGCUGACCCGCCCUCCGCCGUCCGGAUGGCGAGCCUCGCCGCCCUAGCCCUCAGCCUGCUUCUGCGGCUGCAGCUGCUGCCGCUGCCCGGCGCCCGGGCGCAGAGCGCUGCAGGUGGCUGUUCCUUUGAGGAGCAUUACAGCAACUGCGGUUACAGCGUGGCCCUGGGGACCAAUGGGUUCACCUGGGAGCAGAUUAACACGUGGGAGAAACCCAUGCUGGACCAGGCGGUGCCCACAGGAUCCUUCAUGAUGGUGAACAGCUCUGGGAGGGCCUCUGGUCAGAAGGCCCACCUUCUCUUGCCGACCUUGAAGGAGAAUGACACCCACUGCAUUGAUUUCCAUUACUACUUCUCCAGCCGCGACAGGUCCAGCCCCGGGGCCUUGAACGUCUAUGUGAAGGUGAACGGCGGGCCCCAAGGGAAUCCUGUCUGGAAUGUGUCUGGGGUCGUCACGGAGGGAUGGGUGAAGGCAGAGCUCGCCAUCAGCACCUUCUGGCCACAUUUCUAUCAGGUGAUAUUUGAAUCCGUCUCUUUGAAGGGGCACCCUGGCUACAUCGCCGUGGACGAGGUCCGGGUCCUCGCUCACCCUUGCAGAAAAGCGCCUCAUUUUCUGCGACUCCAAAACGUCGAGGUGAACGUGGGGCAGAAUGCCACGUUUCAGUGCAUUGCCGGUGGGAAGUGGUCUCAGCAUGACAAACUGUGGCUGCAGCAAUGGAAUGGCAGGGACACAGCACUCAUGGUCACCCGCGUGGUCAACCACAGACGCUUCUCGGCCACAGUCAGUGUGGCAGAUACUGCCCAGCGCAGCAUCAGCAAGUACCGCUGUGUGAUCCGCUCCGAUGGUGGCUCCGGAGUGUCCAACUACGCAGAGCUGAUUGUGAAAGAGCCCCCCACACCCAUCGCCCCCCCAGAGCUGCUGGCUGUGGGGGCCACGUACCUGUGGAUCAAGCCCAAUGCCAACUCCAUCAUCGGGGACGGCCCCAUCAUCCUGAAGGAGGUGGAAUAUCGUACCACGACAGGCACGUGGGCAGAAACCCACAUCGUCGACUCCCCCAACUACAAGCUAUGGCAUCUGGACCCCGAUGUGGAGUAUGAGAUCCGGGUGCUACUUACGCGACCAGGCGAAGGGGGCACAGGACCACCAGGGCCUCCCCUCACCACCAGGACCAAGUGUGCAGACCCAGUGCACGGCCCGCAGAAUGUGGAAAUCGUGGACAUCCGAGCCCGGCAGCUGACCCUGCAGUGGGAGCCCUUCGGCUAUGCGGUGACACGCUGCCACAGCUACAACCUCACGGUGCAGUACCAGUAUGUGUCCAACCAGCAGCAGUACGAGGCCGAGGAGGUCAUCCAGACGUCCUCCCACUACACCCUGCGGGGUCUGCGCCCCUUCAUGACCAUCCGGCUGCGCCUCCUGCUGUCCAACCCCGAGGGCCGUAUGGAGAGCGAGGAGCUCGUGGUGCAGACCCAGGAGGACGUUCCAGGAGCUGUUCCUCUAGAGUCCAUCCAAGGGGGGCCCUUUGAGGAGAAGAUCUACAUCCAGUGGAAGCCCCCCAACGAGACCAAUGGGGUCAUCACUCUCUAUGAGAUCAACUACAAGGCUGUUGGCUCUCUGGACCCCAGCGCUGACCUCUCCAGCCAGAGGGGAAAAGUGUUCAAGCUCCGGAAUGAAACCCACCACCUGUUCGUGGGUCUGUACCCAGGGACCACCUACUCCUUUACCAUCAAGGCCAGCACAGCAAAGGGCUUUGGGCCCCCUGUCACCACCCGGAUCGCCACCAAAAUUUCAGCUCCAUCGAUGCCUGAGUAUGACACAGACACCCCACUGAACGAAACGGACACGACCAUCACCGUGAUGCUGAAGCCCGCUCAGUCCCGGGGAGCCCCCGUCAGUGUUUAUCAGCUGGUUGUCAAGGAGGAACGACUUCAGAAGUCACGGAGGGCCGCUGACAUCAUCGAGUGCUUUUCGGUGCCUGUGAGCUAUCGGAAUGCCUCCAGCCUCGAUUCUCUACACUACUUUGCUGCUGAGUUGAAGCCUGCCAACCUGCCUGUCACCCAGCCGUUUACAGUGGGUGAUAACAAGACAUACAAUGGCUACUGGAACCCUCCUCUCUCUCCCCUGAAAAGCUACAGCAUCUAUUUCCAGGCGCUGAGCAAAGCCAAUGGAGAAACCAAAAUCAACUGUGUGCGUCUGGCUACGAAAGGUGCCUCCACCCAGAAUUCUAAUACCGUGGAGCCAGAGAAGCAAGUGGACAACACGGUGAAGAUGGCCGGCGUGAUCGCGGGUCUCCUCAUGUUCAUCAUCAUUCUCCUGGGCGUGAUGCUCACCAUCAAAAGGAGAAGAAAUGCUUAUUCCUACUCCUAUUACUUGAAGCUGGCCAAGAAGCAGAAGGAGACACAGAGUGGAGCCCAGAGGGAGAUGGGGCCUGUAGCCUCGGCCGACAAACCCACCACCAAGCUCAGCACCAGCCGCAACGAGGAAGGCUUCUCCUCCAGCUCUCAGGACGUCAACGGAUUCACAGAUGGCAGCCACGGGGAGCUAUCCCAGCCCACCCUCACAAUCCAGACUCACCCCUACCGGACCUGUGACCCUGUGGAGCUGAGCUACCCCCGGGACCAGUUCCAGCCCGCCAUCCGGGUGGCCGACCUGCUGCAGCACAUCACCCAGAUGAAGAGAGGCCAGGGCUACGGGUUCAAGGAGGAAUAUGAGGCCUUACCAGAGGGGCAGACAGCUUCGUGGGACACAGCCAAGGAGGAUGAAAACCGCAAUAAGAACCGAUACGGAAACAUCAUAUCCUAUGACCAUUCUCGGGUGAGGCUGCUCGUGCUGGACGGAGACCCACAUUCUGACUACAUUAAUGCCAACUACAUUGAUGGAUACCAUCGACCUCGACACUACAUCGCAACUCAAGGUCCCAUGCAGGAGACAGUAAAGGACUUUUGGAGAAUGAUCUGGCAGGAGAACUCCGCCAGCAUCGUCAUGGUCACAAACCUCGUGGAAGUGGGCAGGCGCCCAGCGGAACACACUGUGGGAAAGGCCCCUCUAGGCCGCGCAGCGUCCCCCGGAAUGGUGAAGUGUGUGCGAUACUGGCCAGAUGACACAGAGGUCUAUGGAGACAUCAAAGUCACCCUGAUUGAAACAGAGCCCCUGGCAGAAUACGUCAUUCGCACCUUCACAGUGCAGAAGAAAGGCUACCAUGAGAUCCGGGAGCUCCGCCUCUUCCACUUCACCAGCUGGCCCGACCACGGCGUCCCCUGCUAUGCCACUGGCCUGCUGGGCUUCGUCCGCCAGGUCAAGUUCCUGAACCCUCCCGAAGCUGGGCCCAUAGUGGUCCACUGCAGUGCUGGAGCUGGAAGGACCGGCUGUUUCAUCGCCAUUGACACCAUGCUCGACAUGGCGGAGAACGAAGGAGUGGUGGACAUCUUCAAUUGUGUGCGUGAGCUUCGGGCCCAGAGGGUCAACCUGGUACAGACGGAGGAACAGUAUGUAUUUGUACAUGACGCCAUCCUGGAAGCAUGCCUCUGUGGCAACACUGCCAUCCCUGUGUGUGAGUUCCGCUCUCUCUACUACAAUAUCAGCAGGCUGGACCCCCAGACAAACUCCAGCCAAAUCAAAGAUGAAUUUCAGACCCUCAACAUUGUGACACCCCGCGUGCGACCUGAGGAUUGCAGCAUCGGGCUCCUGCCCCGGAACCAUGAUAAGAAUCGGAGCAUGGAUGUCCUGCCCCUGGACCGCUGCCUGCCCUUCCUCAUCUCAGUGGACGGAGAAUCCAGCAACUACAUCAACGCAGCACUGAUGGAUAGCCACAAGCAGCCUGCCGCCUUUGUGGUCACCCAACACCCUCUACCCAACACCGUGGCGGACUUCUGGAGGCUGGUGUUUGACUAUAACUGCUCCUCCGUGGUGAUGCUGAAUGAAAUGGACACUGCCCAGCUCUGUAUGCAGUAUUGGCCUGAGAAGACCUCUGGGUGCUACGGGCCCAUCCAGGUGGAGUUCGUCUCCGCAGAUAUCGAUGAGGACAUCAUCCACAGAAUAUUCCGCAUCUGCAACAUGGCUCGGCCACAGGACGGUUAUCGUAUAGUCCAGCACCUCCAGUACAUCGGCUGGCCUGCCUACCGGGACACACCCCCCUCCAAGCGUUCUCUGCUCAAAGUGGUUCGACGGCUGGAGAAGUGGCAGGAGCAGUAUGACGGGAGGGAAGGACGCACUGUGGUCCACUGCCUGAACGGGGGAGGCCGCAGCGGGACCUUUUGUGCCAUCUGCAGCGUGUGUGAGAUGAUCCAGCAGCAAAACAUCAUUGACGUGUUCCACAUCGUGAAAACCUUGCGAAACAACAAAUCCAACAUGGUGGAGACCCUGGAACAGUAUAAAUUUGUAUAUGAGGUGGCACUGGAAUAUUUAAGCUCCUUUUAGCUCAAUAGGAUGGGGAAUCUGCCGGAGCCCACGGGCUGCUGCGGCUGAGCUCCCUUUCCUGUGACUAGCAGUGACCAAGGUGGCACCCCUGCCCGACUCCAAGAAGAAGACUGAUGGCCCAAUGUCCACGGUGGGCUCUGCACCUUCUGAGGGGUCUCCCAGAGUGGUGGGAGAUGCUGCUGUGCAAGGCCCAGGCUUCCCUCCCACCCUGACCAGCCACAGCCAUGGGCCCAAGCAGAAGUGAGCCCCCAAGCAAGGCCUCCAGUUUUUGGUUCCCAGACCGCUUGCUUGUGUUUGUUCUGAGUUUGUGAACCUUGUGGUGGCCAACUGUGCUGGGGCUGGGGAGUGGGGAGCUCAGCAAUGCCUCUCUUCUAGGAGGGAAGGAGAUGUGUGUUCUGCUCCUCUGAGUCAUGGAAAAGAUUAGCAUUCUUGGGGCUAACUGCUGUGCUGCCCCUGCAAUCGCCUUCAGGGGCCUCUGGCACCAGAUACUUACAGUCUGGACCAGCGUGACCUCGGGGUGCACCCUAGACCAUAGCAGAGCCUCCCCCCACCGCCAUUCUCACACUGCAUGAGGCUUGUGGCCCAUGACCACUCUUUACCUGUCCCCCAGCCUGGGCCUUGACCGUGUGGCAGUCACUGGCCAACGAGCUGUGUCCUCAGCACUUUCUGAGAAAGGUUGUCUUUGCUUUGGCGGGGGGUUGGGGGGGAGGUCAAUGGGAGGGGGCAGAACUGUAGGGACCUUUGCUACUCCUCCCUCUCCUUGUAGAAGGGACCACCUUCCUGGGACAGGGUUUUGGCUGCCCCAUGUGAUGUAACCCCUGUGUCUCUUUGGUGGUUUGCUUGCUUUUCAAGAGAUAAGCAGGAUAAGAUUUGAUUAUUUUCCAGAGUGUAAGUGAAAAAAAAAAAAACUUUCUUGGGUGGUGUUAAAUUUUUAGUCUCUUAUGUCAAAAAAAGGGAAGUGGGGAGUUUGAGUAUAAGAGACAUCUCUCGGGCCUGUCAUCUUUCCUGGCGAUGUCCCUAAAAGCCCAGCCUGGGACAGCACAGCAAUUGAGCAAGGGAGAGAUGGGACAGUGUGAAGAUGCUCCUUUUGGUUUCUGGGGUGUGUAGGGGUGCAGAGCACCAGCCUUGUGCAUAACUUGGAUCUCCGCCUUCAAAUUCCUUCCUAGAAAAGCCCAGCUGCCCUCCUUGAGAAAGACCAUUGUCAGCCCCAUUAUACUUUGAUUAAAAGCAGCCCAAGAGAAUCAGGCCUGGGGAUCCAAGGUCUUGUCCAAAGUAUAGAUGAGUCACAGUAGCUUGUUACCAUCUCCACUGCACAGCUGAGGAAACAGGCACCUUCCUUCAUGAUAAAAUCCUGAUUUUCAAAAGGGCAGGUGAUGACAAUGAGACUUUACUGUUUUUUUGAUUUUUUCUUUCCCCAGCCAAGCAAUUAUUUUAUGGAGGGAAAGUAAGGCCAGCAACUUUUUGAGCAGAGAGUUCCACAAAUGGAAAUUUAGUUCUUUCUUGAUGCCAGUUCUUCUGAGAAGCCUAGAAGUUCAAAUGUAUUUCAGUAACUCAUUCCCAGCUCCCCAGGAAAGCUAGUGCAUCCAAUCUCUUAGUGAAAACAAUUCCCUGUUUUCUCAGGCUGUAAGGAGACCACCCAGGGACACUCUUGACUUUGGUCUCUAGCUGGAGCUUAGGCGCAAUGUCUGACAGCCUUGGAGUGGCCUGGGAGAUCUAUGGAGGCUUCAUCUGGGAGGCAGGUCUAGCCCCAGACAGGGUACAAGGGUCACGGAGAAGGCACAGCUUUUGCCCUCAAGGACUCACUGUCCACUGGGGGAACUGAACUACAGUGCAGUGGUGGUGGAGCAAGAGAGACCCACUCUGCUGGGGCUAUGUAGAGGAGGGGCCAUCUAAUCCAGCUGGGUCUUAACAGGUAAUAAAAGGAAGAAAAGGAAACUUGGGCCAAGACAUCAGCACGUGCACUGGCAAAGUGAUGGGAGGGCAGUGGGAAGGAAGCCGCCAGCUAGGCUAGCGGGGAGAGGGUCCAGGGGACAGAUGCCCACCAAGGUGCAGAUUUUGUCCUAUAGGCAGCAAGGAAUCAGCGGAGCUUUCCAGCCUAGUGUUGGCCAGGGUCCUGCUGGGCCAGUCAGCUGCCUCUUUUCCUCUCAUCAGACACUGUGAAAACAUUCCCUCCAGCGUAUAUUUUUUAAUACCACAUCCAUCUGUCUGUCUCUUAUUAUUUUGUUGCUGGAACAAAAUAUUCAGCUUCUGCAAGGAACCCAGGCCUCUGCUUUAGCGCAGAGCAGUGUCACCAACCCAUAUCCCCAGGCCUGCAAGGACAAGACAUGAAAGGGGCCCAUGGAAGCUACUUCUAUUGGCACAGGCUCUGGAGCUGUCUAGAAGUCCAGGGACACCAGACUUGAUCAAGGAAGGGCUGUCACUUUGGAGGUUCAAAAGGAAGUGUCUCAAAGCAAAUUCAGCGAAGGAACCCUGCAAUGACCUUGCUCUUGUGCUUUGAUGAGCCUCUCCCCAGGUGUGUCUAAGCGCUGGUCCCACCUGCUUCCCUGGGCUCUAGCCCACUGCCCCACAUGGCCAUCCCCAUCCUUCGCAGGGCCCAGAGCAUGGCAAAUCAGCCUGUUGUGUGCUAUUUUCUCAGAUCUUGGCUCAUCCAGCCAGAAUGAGGGUAGGGGAGAGCUAUUUAACACAAAUAGUGGGAUUUAUUCUGCUCAGGAGGGAGUGAAAUAGCUGGCAGAUAGAAAUGACAGUGGUUUCUAUUAUUACAAAUGGUAAGAAUUUAAAGUAUGACUUCAUGGAGAAUGAAAAUGAUAAAAACUCAGGCCGUGGUGGGGUCUGCCAACCAGUGACAAUUCCCCCCAGUUUGGCCCCUAUUUUCAGAUAUUCCAGAAGGCCAGUAGUGAACAGGUCUUAGACCAGGGUACCCAAGAAGAAACCCUGGCUCAGAGAUGGGGAUGACUUCUGUAAGAUCCCACAUGGCAAGUGUGCGGCAGGAUUUGAAUGAGAGGGUGCUGGUGCCCCAGAAUUUGAACUUGAUCCUUGCUCAGGAAAUCUGAGCAAAUACCACCUCCCUUAGAGUAUCUCCCCACCCCACCCCAGCUCCAGGGUGGACUCAGACUAUUGUAAGCAGAGAAAAUAGCAUAAUGCUCUCUGAGUCUCCGUUAACAGGCAUUAGCCUCUGGUCUCUGAGGUGACAAAGAGUGGCACUUAAAGAACCCCUGUAGCUCUCACCUCCUAGAUAUAGACCUUGUUUGGAGAUGAUGUAAGAGAAGAACGAAAAGCCAGAACACCCUCCACCUGAGUGUGCUUAUGGCCUAGGUAGCUUCAGGAAGUAUCUUGGCUGCACCCUGACAUUGCAACCUUUUGCCUUUUCUGAUGUUGAGACCCUGGGUCAGUCAGGGGCUUCUGGAUCCCUAGAUGGCCACAGCAGGGCCUUCCAUUGUGGAAAGGCAAGGGGAUGGAUUGCUUUUAGGGCUAGUCCUCUCUGGGUAAAACCUGAGUGAUGGCCUGCUGGAUGUCAGCCUUCACAGGAACAAGUGGACCCUGUGCUGGACACUCUAACACAGGAGCUCACUGAAUUCUUCCCACAUUCCUAAGACGUGAUUGUGAUUGUCACCAUUUUAUUGAUGAAGAAACUGAGGCUCCAAGGGGAGCAAUCACUUGCCCACAGUCCCACAGCUAGUGAAUGCGUGAGCCAGAACUUGAAUGUUCUUCUCUGACUUGGAAAGACCAGAUGUUUCCACCACUGUGUCUCAGACUUCCCCUGUGAUUACCCAUAACAGCAGAGACUAACUGGAAGCAGACAACAAUAACCUUAAAAGUCCUUUACAAUCUUAUGUUUUACUUUAACAAUUCAUGCAGUAUUUGCAUUCCACUUUCUAAUUUUGCCUGAUUUGGUUUUAAUGAGACCAUAUAACUAUUUAAAAUAACUAUGUGCCCUGUUCCUGAUGGGCUUUGAUCAGCUUAUCCCAACAUGAUGGACCAUGGGGACUUUCUAUCCCAGUCUGAGUCAUAGUUCCUAGCCAUGUGAAGGUAGACACAGCCUUACUGUGAAGAUUCCUGAAUGCUGAGGCUUCUACAAAGUGAUGCCCAUUUUCUAGGUGGAGUCACAUGAUUGCUAAUGUGGGAAAACCUGAGGACACACUUCAUCUGAAGAGCUGGAGGCUGGGACGAGAGGCGUCUCACUUUGGUCACACAGACUUGCAGGGUUCCUACAGCAUGAAGCACCCUACAAGGAAGCACAGUUGCCAUAGCACAGUUCAUCCCUUGGUGAAGCACUGGGUUGUGUAGAAAGAGUUCAAUCUUUGAUAAUCUCUGACCUGCCAUUUCUUGGCUACAGAAUGUUGAGCCAAGCAAUUAAUGGGAAAAAAUGCACAGAAAAAGGAGGCUCAUCCAGGUUAGAAAAGGUAGAUUUAUAGAGCUUUGUACUAGAAAACAGGAAGCCAAAUCCAGGAAAUUAGAACCUAUUGAAUACUCAGAACCAAGGAUGCAGGUGAGUCAUUGAGUACAGUGGUCACGUCCAUGACAUAGCAGGUGGGGGAUGGAGAUGGGCUUCCCAGAACCACUUGAAGCAAGGGUGCUGCUUUAGAAUAGAUUUUGAUGUCUGGGGGAGAAGACAAUGUGUGUCCCUCUGACCAGUCAUGUUUAUUCACCCCCCUACACCCCACUGCUUACACAAGCUCCUGCUGUACAUCCUCAACAGGAUAUCCAUGUCCUCAGCUCUGGUGUGAACCCUUGUAGAGUGCCCGUAGGUAUCAGUCUAGCAAGGCUGCUGCAGACAAUGGAAGUGAGGCCCAGGGAGGAGCAGCCAGGCCCUUGUCAUGUCAUCUCUACAGCCAUCCCAAUCCAAAGAUCUCUAAGGAACCAAUAACUUCCCCUGCACCUUACUGUAGGAAUGAAGAAAGCCACCUUCCUUAAGCCUGCAGAUGGCCAGUCCUAGGUAGGACAUCUGCCUUUGGCACAAGGUGAAUCAGGAGUAAUACUGUGGAAGGAAUGGCUGAACCCAAGGGUAAGCAUGACCAAGAGGCAGAAGGUAAGCACCAUCAAAAGUCUAUGCUGGCCAUGAUCCCCACGGACAAAUGGUCAACCCAAGCUAAGGAGCAGGUCAGAAGACAAAAUAUGAAUAAUUAUGUCAUCUCAAAGCUUUUACUUGCCUUCCCCAUUAUCCAGCCAAUUUUAGCUCCUUUUCAACCUCUGACCAGCUCCAAAUCACAGCCAAGUAGAACACGUAAAUAGGAAGCCAACUGGAAUAGACCAGCUGAGAUUCAGCCUUGUUCAUCUACUCCCAUGUAAGGGUUCCCUGUUGGAUAUCUUCCAUAUAUACAUAUACAAAAGUGAUAAAAUGCAGGGUGUUGGCUUUUCCUACCAGGGAAUCUGCCUUUGAGGUCAUAUACCAACUGAACAUGAGAGAGAGAGGUUAGUGGUGGAGAGCAGGAGGCCUGGUCCAGCUCCAGUAUCUUCUGAUACAUUUUUCAGGGUCGUGGAUCUGAAUCUCAAAAGCACAGUAGAAAUGUCUAAGCCAUACUUGUGCACAUAAGAAGACUCUCUUUGGGUUUCUAGGUAAUCAGGGAUAUACAUUUACAUGGCACUGACUAUACAAUUGUCUUGUAGAGAUGAAGUCAGUCUCUUGUAUCCCUCCUGCCCACCUCCAGAAAAGAUGGGAAAAGGUCAUCAAAGAGGCUACAUCUACCCAUGAAAUCUACCCACAAAUGUUAGAUCUCCAAGAGGAGGGUCAGCAUCCACAAUUGUAGGCUCCAGGCCCAGCACCCCAGCCAUCUCAGAGCUCCUCUUGAUGACCUAACAAAGGAAGUGGGAGAACUCAGGAUGGAAGGAAAUCUAUUGGGAAGAGUUGAGGGGAGGGGAAUUGCUGGAUCACCAGGUGGUGGGAUCCAGACCUUGAUCCUUGGUUGGAAUGUUCAGAGAAUGAGGGGUCUGGUAGCCUUGGAAUGUUAGGAAACUAUUGGAUAAAGGCCUGGAGCUCAGGGAAAUUUGUGUAGUUCAUGGUUUCUUGGUGAGUGGGACUCCUCAAUUUGAAGGAAGGACGGGUGAUAGGAAGUAACUUGCUAAAAUUUCAAAACUGAGUCCCCCUAUACAAGUACUUUAGUGCCUUUGGGCUCAUGAAUACACAUUGGUGGACCACCAGUGUGAUGGUCAAACUCUCAAUGCCCACCCUGUCCCUGUCUUUCCCAUGGAAGAUUAACAUGGUAAGGUGUUCUUCACAUCAAAGUCCCCAGGGCAGCUAGCUGGAAGCUUAGAAGGAAGAAUGGUGUCAUCCUGGAUAAAACCAGACUUCUUAAGGGUCAGGCAGAAUCUAGGUCCUGUAUCUUCCAUGGGUAUGAAGAUUACUGGAUAAAGUGAAGCACAAUUUGUUAGGCCCAGGUCCUACCUGUGAGUGGAACUAGGACCAAGAGGUGAAACUUAAUAGCUAUAGGGAAGAACUUGAUGGUAAGUUGCCCAUCUCAUCAGCUGUCCUGAAGAAACCAGACAUCUCCUUAAAGAGAAGAAGGAGCAUUGCUGAGAAGAUUUCGGUGUCAUUCCAUUAGUCUAGAUGGGUGACAUCUCUUGGAGCUGGGGUCCUGUUUAAAGCCAUUUGUACCUGCAGAGAACAAAGCCAAGUCAGGUGUGUUUGGUUUGUGCAGAUUGAAGCUCCUGUGCUCCCACCCAAGUCUCCCCACCAUGCAGGCCAACCCAAGUCUCCCCACCAUGCA